AAACAUUCUCGGGUAAGACAAAAACUUGUAAAUAGCACUCAUCCUUGAAGAUCAAAAGGUCACAUUUCGUGAUAAGAGUAAAUGGUAAUAUUUAUUUAUAGUGAUUUCAUUUGGUCAUUUACGUUUAUAAUUCGUUAAAGUUCAUUUUGAAGUGUGAUGGUUCACUGCAUGUACCUGUAACCUGUGAUACAAAUUACAAUAGCUGCAAUGUUAAACUUUUUGAUAAACUUCUCUUUGUUUGGUGGUGUGGUUUUGGUUUCGCCUUUUGUGAUUUUGACGUUUUUUGUUUUAAAAGUCUAUAAAGCACUAUGGAUGAAUGUGCUUUCCAUGCUACACCCCAAUGUAGAAUUCAUCAAAUAUGAUACAGUGAGAUCAUUGCUAGACACGCACCGGAACCAGGGGAUCGUAUGUGUUCUUUUAAGUAUAAAGGGGCAAGCCCAACCCGAAGCAGUCAGAAGACAUUUGCAGGAAGUGGUUCGACGAAGAGAUAAAACGGGAAACUUGGCAUUUUUAAGACUUAGGCAUUGUUUGGUAACUAAGUGUGGAUCUUAUGGUUGGCAAAACUCGAAGUUCAAUUUGGAUCAGCAUUUGACAGUCGUUCCAUUUACUUAUAAAGGAAGAGCUGUGACAGAAUAUAACAUACAAGAUUAUGUGAACGAGAUAGUUUCAAAAUAUAUGCCUGGAAAUAUUUCUCCCUGGCAAAUAACAAUAAUACCUUCUUCAGAAGAUCAACAUUAUAUUCUAUUCAGACUACACCACAUACUUCUUUCUGAAGGCCUUAACAUAGGAGACUUGCUACCUUUAAUACCUCCAACUCGGCCGCCAGUUGGGUCGUAUGUAUCAAGAAGCCCUUUGGUAGAAGUAUUUAAAAAACCUGAAGUCAUCCUUGUACUAAAAGAUCGAUUAACAGAAGAAUUAUCCAACCGUUGGAAUGAGUUCGUAGCAAAUAAUGAUCCACUAGAACGACCAGAGUUACUAAAAAGUACCCCAACUUUUUUCCAGUUUGUAUCAUACUGCCUACUAAGCUUUGUCUCUGUUAUUAGAGACUGCAGAAAAGGUUUUAGAGUAAUUAAACCAGAUGCUUUUUCUAGAUUCAAAUAUGUAGUACAAUCUGUGCUUAAAGAAACAGAUAAAAGACAAAUUGGACCAAAAACGUUAUGUCUAUCUGUGUUUAAGUCUUUAGAUCCAAGAAACUUAUUGACGAAUCUAGUACAAUUUCUGUUUUAUAUUUUAUUGAAAGUUCCUAUUCGUCUACCCAUAGCUCUUUUUGCAGAAUGUCGAGCUUUUUGUACUUGUUUAACUCUAAAUUACUGUCCUUAUCCAAGGACUACUGUAGGGAUCUUAUAUACAUUUAUUCCAUUAUUCUACAAUUCUUUAAAAGAGUUUGCUUAUAUUGCUACAAUUUUGUUCAAAGCACCGAAAACCAUAAUCCAAGAUAUCCUUCUACAAGACGAAUCAUUCGAGACUUUCACUCUCUGUGGAAGGAAAUCUGUUGCUUGGUCAGAUCCCAUCAAAACAGAAACCAUCAAAGCUGUCGCAAAACAGGCAGGAGUCUCAGAAACUGAGAUAAUGUUGUCAGCGGUGUCUAUGUGCCUUUCUAAAUAUUUUGUCCAAACCAACCAUUAUAUUCCAACCAAACUACCAAUCACGAUCAGAAACAUUUCUUCUAACUAUAUCUUUUCUACUGGACCCAAUAUUAGACCGGAAGAUGCUGUUAGUGGUAUACUGUGUCUUAGUCUAACUGUUCCUGAUCCAAAGAAAGGCACCACAGAAAUAGAAAAUUUGUUAGAGAUAAGAAACAAGUUUAAUGCGUCGCUAGAAAACCAAGGACUGUCUCACCUGUUGACGAUGUUGCAAACGAAGUUUAGAUUUCUGAGUAAAUUCUUGCCAGCAACUCUUCUGAGUAUCUAUUUGAAAUAUUUGUCAAGGAAGUAUGCAGUAAGUGUUGCUGAGAUCACCAGUAGGUAUCCUAAUGUAACACAAAGGACCAUUUGGGGACAGGAAGUUAGUAGUGUUAUUUAUCUAAGACCUCCACAAGCAAACACGUGCAUUUCAUUAUGUUUAAAUGAAUAUUCUGACCACGUGAAGCUGGGUCUUAUGUGCGAUAGCCAGUUAGUUCCGUAUCAUACAUACUUGGUCAGGAACUUUUCGGAGAAUAUCCAGAAUUUGGGAGAAGCUAUCAAAGAAGGUAUUGGCAUAGAAUGAUAAAUAAAACAAAUAUUUUAACGGAAUCUCAUUUUUCAAAUCUAUCUGUAUAUAGUUUAUACCCAAAUGACGAUUAAAAUUUUUAUUUAUUUUUA